GCCUCUGUGUGGAGACAGAAAGGGAGAGAGCAUUGUAGCCCCAUAGUGAAACUACGAUAGGGAGAGUCCGAGACAGAGAGAGAGAGGAAGCAUGUACAAGACCGCCCAAGACUGCACAAGUCACUAAGAGAAAAUAGCAGAAAGAAGCAAAAGGAACCAAAAGUAUUGUCAGGCCAAGAAUUCAGGGGGACAAUAAAGAAAAUUAACAAAGAAAUGUGAAAGUAUUUUGGUAAGAAGAAAGACAGCCAGACUGAGCUAGGAAAGGACUGAGUGAGAAAGUGCAGAUUGGAGAGGGGCAGGGACCAGAGAGAGAGAAAGAGAGAGAGAGACAGAGGGUAUGAACAGAAAUACACCUGGCUAAGAUUUAAAAGUAUAAACCUAACAGGAACCUGUUUUGUUAAAGACGUUUGGACACUGUUUGGGAUUAUGAAGCAUGGACCGUGUUCCCCAGCCUGAGUGAUUGCUUCAUUACCAUGGAUCUGCUGGAGUAUCUGGUGUCUAGGCAAGGCUUGUUCGGAAUGGUAGUUGACUUCUGCGUGUCUGUCAUGGCGAUUACUUUGCUGUCUCUUAUCAGUCUCCUGACCUACUUCGACAUCCUCGAGAGUUUCCAUCCAUUCCAUUGGCUCUGCAAAGCGACGAUUCAGGAUAAGCAAUAUACACAAGAAGGCCAUAAUGGGAGGACAGGAGCGUGGCUUGACACUGGUGCAAAAGAUCGGUCUCUUGACCAAAAACUUUGGUCAGUAACAGAGUGGGUGAAGCUGCUGGAGUCUGAGCUGUGCAUGGUCACCAGUGAUCAAUGCUGCACUCCCAAAUACAGAAGGAUAUUUGCGAAGCAGUGCCGGGACAUGUGUCAGGUCUCUCGCGUGUUGCAAAGUCUGGAGGGUCAGUCUGCUGGAGCUGAGGGACAGUCAGAGACAUCCCGAAACUAUGAAUUAUCCGGGGUCGCCACCAGCCAUCGCUUUUCACCAGAGGGCAGCACAGAACAGAAUAACACAAAGACAGGCGACAUGGUAACAGCCCGAGACAGAGGGAGGAUUCAGGUCUUGAGCAGUAGACUCCAGUCACUGAGAAUGUACACCGAGGAGAGGCUCCAGCUAUUGAACAGCUUUGCAAGUUGUUAUGAAUCUUAUCGACUAUGGUAUGAUCAGCUUCAUCACUGGGUGAUGCGGACCAGCAGGUUUCAGGAGUGGAUACAUUCCCUUGCGUGUGACAAUGAGUCUCUGAUCAUCACCAACCUCAACCAUCAGAGGAGGAUCGUGGAUGAAAUUGAACAAAGAGCCCCCCAGCUGAGUAGCUGUCAGGAGACCCUGAGGGAGUGUGUUCAAGUCUUCAAGAUGGAAACGAAUUUCAGUUGGAAGAGCAAGAGAGUUCUCACGGGCAAAACCUUUCAGCUAAUUUCACUGAAACGGAUUAAACUAAAACCAGUUUUCUCAGCUGGGUGCAAAACUCCCUGUGGCACUAUUUCGAAGAAGCAUGUGAGAGUUAUCCCAGUGCAAUGUUCAAAUCGUUACACAUUAAUUAACAUCCCCAAAACAGAUUACCGAGUCAUUAUGGCAUUGCUGUUUGUGGGAGCUUGCUGUGCCUGA